GGGAGCCCAGCCCCGCCCAGCGCCGGACCCUCCUCCUCCAGCACAGCGCCUGGCACCGCCCCGGGCAGCGCGCGAGGCACAGGCGGCAGAGGAAGAGGAGGCGGCGAGGGCGAGCGGCGAUCCCCCCUUUCCUCCCAGGCAGUGGUCUCCCCAGUCAUGUCCUUCCGGAAGGUUGUCCGCCAGAGCAAAUUCCGCCAUGUCUUUGGGCAACCCGUCAAGAACGACCAGUGCUACGAUGACAUCCGGGUCUCGCGGGUCACUUGGGACAGCACCUUUUGUGCCGUCAACCCCAAGUUUGUUGCUGUGAUUAUAGAGGCCAGUGGAGGAGGAGCCUUUAUGGUCCUUCCACUACAGAAGACUGGGCGCAUUGAUAAGUCCUACCCUACAGUAUGCGGACACACAGGCCCUGUUUUGGACAUCGAUUGGUGCCCACACAAUGAUAAUAUUAUUGCCAGUGCCUCUGAGGAUUGCUCUAUUAUGGUAUGGCAGAUCCCAGACAGUGGACUGACGCUGCCUCUGACAGAGCCAGUAGUGGUCCUAGAAGGUCACUCCAAGCGUGUGGGCAUCAUCACUUGGCAUCCUACGGCCCGCAACGUCCUUCUGAGUGCAGGCUGUGACAAUGUAGUCAUUGUGUGGAAUGUGGGCACAACCGAGGAGCUUUACCGCCUUGAUGACAUCCAUCCUGACCUCAUUUAUAAUGUCUGCUGGAACCGUGAUGGCAGCCUCUUUUGCUCAACCUGCAAGGACAAGAGUAUGCGCAUCAUUGACCCCCGUCGUGGGCAGGUUGUAGCGGAAAAGGAAAGAGCCCAUGAUGGAGCACGCCCCAUGAGGGCUAUUUUCUUGGCUGAUGGAAAGAUCUUCACCACAGGCUUCAGCCGGAUGAGUGAGCGGCAGUUGGCACUCUGGGACCCGGAAAAUCUUGAGGAGCCCAUGGCAUUGCAGGAGCUGGACUCAAGCAAUGGGGCCCUUCUGCCCUUCUAUGACCCUGAUACCAAUGUUGUCUAUGUCUGUGGCAAGGGAGACUCAAGUAUCAGAUACUUUGAGAUCACAUCGGAAGCACCCUACAUCCACUUCCUGAACACCUUCACGAGCAAAGAUCCACAGCGUGGCAUGGGAUGGAUGCCCAAGCGGGGUCUGGAUGUCAACAAGUGUGAGAUUGCCAGGUUUUACAAACUCCAUGAGCGCAAGUGUGAACCCAUUAUCAUGACAGUGCCAAGAAAGUCAGAUCUGUUCCAAGAUGACUUGUAUCCUGACACAGCCGGGCCUGAAGCGGCUAUGGAAGCGGAGGAGUGGGUGGCGGGCAAGACUGCAGCGCCCAUCUUGAUCUCGCUGCGCGAAGCCUACGUGCCCACAAAGCAACGGGACUUCAAAGUCAAUCGGAGGAACUUGUUGCAGGAGAACCGCCCUGCUGCCACCCCUAGCGCCGGGCUGAGUGCCACACACCCCAGUGCCAUGUCUCAGUCUGCUGCCACACCUGCCGUUAACAUGAGUGCUGCCAGUGGGGACGGAGGACAGAUUAUGGAAGAAGUACUGCGUGAGGUGGCGUCCCUGCGAGUGCUCGUGGUUGCCCAGGGUGAGCGCAUUGCGCGGCUAGAAGAGCAGUUGAGCCGCAUUGAGAAUGGCGAUGUCUAGGGGCCUUGCCUGCCACGGAGGAGGAGACCUCAUCAACAUGGAUCUUCAUUCCUGCUUCACCCCCCCUCCAUUCCCUUUAUUUGAGCUGCCAGUAAUCCCAUUACACUGCCUCAUCCUCUGUGCCCUGUGGUGUGAGACUGGGACAGCGCCCUCUCUUGCUGCUACCGGGACUGUUACCUUGGCUUUUGUCUGGGACCAAAUCUCCUCUUCCUGUGGUCACCCUUCCAUCACAUACUAUCCAAGGGGCAAUGUGCUGGUCUCCCUGCAUCUGCCCCUUUGCCUUAUUUGUCAGAAUCCCUGUAUGCUGUCCCAUUUCCACAGUUACGGUUGGCCUGCACGCCCUCCCAGUGGGGAUCAGGACUGGCUAAUGGCCCAGUCUGCCAUGCCUGUGCCCCUCCACUGGGGAGAAGGCUGGUACCCCCACUUCCCAAUCUCUUGGGGCAGGCGGGUUUGGUUGUUAGAAGCUAGUGCCUCCUGUGAUUCAGUGCUGGGGGUGGGCAUGCCUCUUCUCAUCUCCUUUCCCUUGCUAGGACCACUAAGAUCCUGUGGAGGCUUCUUCCGCUUUGUUUUCUCAACCUCAUUUGUUGCAAAGAGACCACAGAGAUGACCAGAGAUGGGCCGCGACUGUGAAAGAAACCUGCCACCCAGUCACAGUCCGAAGCCUGUUGCCUCUGGGACCACCCUUCUCUUUCCUUCUUUUUCUCUCCCCCAUUUCCUCCAGCCCUCUCCAGCCCUUAAAGUGAAGCAGGCUCUAAUUAAAUUAAAGAGGGUGGGAUGGGGAGUGGAGGAACUGUUCAGGGUUGAUAUCUAUAUUUUCAUUCCAAAUAAAAGUCUUUAUAAAGCCACAGGUCUGUGCAGGAGUCUAUUGCUGCCCUCUCCUUGCUUCCCACUAACCUGGAGAUGCAUUCAAGAUAAGCAGGGGCCCCUGGCUGGAACAUUUGCCUCCACCCAAGCCACGGAUCACACUUCCACCGACAUUAUCAUGACAUGGGAGACACACAGUGCGCUAUGCAGCAGAUAACUGCCCGAAGAAACCAGACCUCUUUCCCACUGUCACUGCAGGAGGUACAUAGACAUUUUUGUAUGUUUGCAGGAAAUCGGGCUUUUAUGUGAACCAUUGCAUGUAUGUAAUAAACAACAUGGUUUUCUGACCUGAA